AACGCAAUUAACGUAAUGAGAUUCCGAUCGUGCUGGGAAACUACGCUGUUCUUUUGACGGAAACAAAAUUUGAAACCUUUGAGAUUGCUCCAGAGAUUCUCUGUUGUUAGAGCUAGAGAUGGAUCCGGAGGCAUCCGAGAGUGAUUACGAUGUUUUCUUGAGUUUCAGAGGACCGGAUACCCGGCAGGGCUUCACCGAUGUCCUGUACGAUUACAUGGACAAGGCAGGGAUCCGAGUUUUCAGAGACGAUGAUGAGCUCAUGAUCGGUGACAAGAUCGAGAUGAUUUUGCAGGCAAUCGGAGCCUCCCAACUGUGCGUGCCCAUCUUCUCUGAAACAUUUGCGUCCAGUAAAUGGUGCCUCCGUGAGGUGUAUAGGAUGGUCCGGCUGAAGAAAGAGAUCGUUCCCAUUUUCUAUAAGGUGUCGCCAGAUGAUGUUAAGCUUAAGACGCCGAUGUACAGUAAGUUCAUAGAGGAGCACGAGGUCAAGUACGGGAAGAAGAGAGUUGAAAAGUGGAAGGAUGCCCUGAGAGCAAGUGCUCAAUUCAAGGGGAGAGAAGUAUCUAGUAAACGCUACACUGAAUUUUGCAAAGAGUUCGUGAGCGAAGUUUUGAUGAAGUUAAAGCCAAGAAAAGAAUUUGACACUGGCGAGUUAAUUGGCAUGGAAAAUCAGAUCGAGUCCCUGAUGAAAUUGAUGGAUAUUGAAUCAGUUGAUGUCCGGUUCAUUGGAAUCUAUGGAAUGGGCGGUAUCGGUAAGACGACUCUUGCUAAGAUUAUUUUCAACAAAUGCUCAGCUAGCUUUGACUACAGCAGCUUCAUGGAGGAUGUACGGGAAUCGUCGGAACGUAAUGGUCUUCAAUAUUUGGAGAAAGAACUGCUAGGUAGUCUUUACCAAAAAUCUACAACUGGAUCCAAUUUUUCCAGACAACUUGAAGAAAUGUUUUGUAAGAAGAAGGUACUCUUAGUUCUCGAUGAUAUUGAUAAGUGGGAACAAAUUGAAAAGCUUGCCGGAAAAUCUUCUUGGUUCGGUCCAGGGAGUAGGAUCAUCAUAACAACCAGAAACAUAAGAGUUCUUACAAAAGGCAGAACACUAAACGAGAAGGAAGUUUGGCCUUUUGAAAUGGAGACGCUACAAUCCCAGGACGCGCUUCAGCUAUUCAGUAGGUAUGCCUUUCUGAGAAACUCUCCUCCAUUUGAUUUCACCGGCCUUUCUGAAGAAGCUGUUUCCACUACUGGAGGGCUUCCAUUGUCUCUCAUAGUCAUGGGCUCCCUUCUUCGUAAUGAAGAAAAGGAAGUAUGGGUAGAUGUCAUAGCAAGAUCGAAGCAAAUUGCUGUUAAAGAGGUGAAGGAAAGGUUGAAGAUAAGCUUUGACAAACUUGAUUAUGAUCACCAACAAAUGUUUCUCGACAUAGCUUGUUUUCCUUUCUGCAACGACAAAUCCAAAGCCUUUUACAUGUGGGAGGCUUCUCGGUUUUUCCCAACUUAUGGACUCGAAGUCCUCAGAUCCAUGUCUUUCAUAAAAAUCACCCACAACAAUUGGAUAUGGAUGCACGACCAGUUCCGUGACCUCGGAAGGGAUAUUGUUCGUGGGGAGAGUUUUCACCCUAGAAAGCGUAGCAGGUUGUGGGAGCAUGAAGAAGCACUGAAGGCACUCACGUGUAAAAAGCAGAAGAAGGAGAAUGUUCAAGGUCUUUGUCUGGACAAAGCUUGCAAAGUGAAGCUGACACAAAAGGAAUUGUCAACUUUUGAAAAUCUAAGGCUCCUCCAUUUGGAAGAAGCAAAAUUUCAAGGGGACCUCAAUCAUCUUCUACCGGAGUUAAGAUGGCUUUCAUGGAUAUCUCGUUCGAAAUUUGAAGUGAGCAAUUUUACUGUGGCAAAGUUAGUGACGCUUGACCUCUCUGACAGUUCAAUCGACGAAAAUUGGCAAGGAUGGAGCCUACUCCAGCGCAAAGAAUUUGAAAGUUCUGGACCUCAGCAGGUGCUCAAAAUUAAAAAGGACACCGAAAUUCCCAAAAAGAUGAUAUUGGAGAGAUUAGUUCUUGAGGAAUGUGAUAACUUAUCUGAAAUUGAUAGUUCCAUUGGCAAUCUGAUUUGCCUGAGGCAUUUAAACCUCCAGGAUUGCUGGAGACUCUGUUGGUCGCAGACAGACAGCAAACAAUCUGGCAAGCUUCCAAAAUCAAUUGGUAACCUGGUGAAGCUCGAGAGCUUUUCCUUAAGGGGAUGUUCUAGCAUGAAGAAACUUCCCGGAUCAUCACUUGGGCAACUAAAAUCGUUAUAUGAGUUAAACUUAUCUUACACAGGGAUUGUAAAGUUACCCAGAUCAAUUGGAGAAUUGAAGGGGCUCAAGCAACUAGACUUGCGCCACUCCGGGGUAAGAAAACUUCCAAUGAGCAUUGGCGCUUUGAGUUCGUUAGUAUCUUUGCACUUGACGGGAACGAAAAUCAUGGAAUUGCCUUCUUCUAUUGGAGGACUUGUGAAACUUGAGAAUCUGAACUUAUGGGCCUGUCCGGAGAUGAAGACACUUCCCAAUUCGCUUGGGGAACUAAAAUCACUAGUCAUGCUGGAUUUGGAUGGCACAAAAAUUUCCGAGUUGCCCGAUUCUAUUGGCAAACUUGGAAAACUUGAGCUCCUGAGAUUAUCGGGUUGUUUUGAACUGAAGGCACUUCCCCAGUCCGUUGGCAAUUUGAAAUCAUUAAUCAAGUUGUAUCUAUCAAGGACAUCAAUUACAGAAUUACCGGAGUCUAUUGGAUAUCUAGAGAAACUGCAAGAGAUUACAGCGGAGGGCUGUAAAUUAAGAAAGUUACCCAAGUGUUUCGGGGCAUUGCAGAAGCUUGAAGAGUUGAGAGUUGGAUCAAACGAUUGUUUGGUACGACUUCCCAAAGGAAUGAAAAGCCUAUCCUCUCUGAAGAAACUGGAUGUGCAUGGUUCCAGAAUUUCCAAGUUGCCAUCGUCAAUCAGUCGACUGUCUCUCCUUGAAACACUCAAUUUAGAAAACUGCCAUCAGCUUCGAGAUCUGCCCGAGCUCUCCUCUGGUUUGACCGAACUACAUAUCACAUCCAAGUCCCUCCAACAAGUGCCUAAUCUCUCGAAAAUGAGUAAUCUACGGAAACUGAAGAUCGGUGGCAGCAAUGAUUUGGAACCUUCAAAUUUAGAUGCAAUUGAGACAUUGACGAAGCUCGAGACACUUGAGUUGCGUUUUGGACUUUCAAAUCGCGCUUGCAUCCCAAGCAAUUUCAGCCGCUUAUUUAAGCUCCAGACACUUGUAUUGUCUUGCCGAAACUUGAAAUAUCCCUUGCAGCUUCCAUCCAGUUUGUCGUGCUUGGUUCUCCUGCAUGUCAACCGGAAGACAAACUUGCCGCGUCUCUCUAAGCUGACCAACUUACUGGAAUUAGAGUUUGAGGAGUGCUCGAAGGACGACGGGUUUGAGAAUCUCGGCAUUGAAGGCCUGCAUUCGCUGCGGGAAUUCAGGUUGCUAAAUUGCAGUGGCAGUCUCAUGGGUGGGCUUGGCCUUCCGGAAAAUUUGAACUUUCUGAUGAUAAAGCAGUGUGAAUUCCUCAUAAAGUCCCCAGAUCUGUCGGGAUCGAAGAAAGUUGAACAUGUGGUUCUGUGGAGCUGCAAAAGACUAACUGAGAUUCCUGGACUUGGAAAGUUGAAAAGCUUAGAAUUCUUGGAAAUUAGAGAUUGCAGUUCCUUGGAGAAGGUGGAAAAUCUGUCAGGGCUGAAAGAUCUAAAAGAGCUUGUGAUAACUAAUUGCGAUGCACUUACACAUAUUGAAGGCAUCGACACCUUGGAAUUUGAGUUCCUCAAGUGGGGGAAAAGUGAGGAUGAAGAAGGUGAUUAGGAUGAUGAUGAGGAUGAAGACGAACGCUGAAUGGCUGGGAAGCAUGACGACUACUUGAAAAGGGAAGACAUUAAAGAAACUUUUUUUCAGUUGAUGCGAGACACCUCCAACAAAAAAGAAUUGAUCUAGUUCAAUCUAUUCCAAUCCUUUCAGCAUGUUACCAAGUAAAGACCUUCGCUAUAUCUCGUUCUUUUUAUGGUUUCAGUCUCACUUUAUGGAAAUAUGGAUAUCUUGAGGAUCAAGAUCUGUCUGGAGGUGUUACUCUCUAUAGAUACAGUUUUCAUGAACUCAAAUCUUGCUGUUUCACUGGUCUGAUGCUUUCCCCGUGAAUAUACACUAUAUGGCUAUAUUAACCAUUUCCAAA